GUAAUUCACGGGUUUGUCAGCAAGUGCAACUGAUAAGGCAUGUAGCGUGUUUUUAUAUGUUUCAUAGUAAUCGAAAGGGAUAACUAUGCAGAUGGUAGACUCAGUUGGAAGUCAGCUUGUGGUUUUCAUUGGGCACGAUUGCAUCAGGCAGAACUGCCUCUCCAGGCUCCCACCACGAAAUCCCCAAAAUCCCCAUGGCCACUCCAAUCGGAGUCAUAAUGACCAGCUCCAAUGCCACUUAUCACGAUAAAUUGCAGUCAUAGAAAUCUAGCCCCCUAUGGACCAUCUCUGGUCGACGUGAAUCAUAUUGGCGCCUGAGGCCCAAACUUAAACCCUGAGCUGAGUGGCACGGCGCGUCGGAGCCAAAGCUCCAAGCGCGUCCCCCGCCAUAUCCCAUCCCCGUAAUUCCUCAGUCGAGUACGAGUACGCGACGACCAUUAAAGACAUAUAAAAAUUCAGCCACUGCACAUUCCACCACAACGUCAGACUAUCCCCGUGCCGUCUGUGACAACAUACACACCCUCUCAACGCGCCGACACCAUGGCAUCCUCCCAGCACCCCUCUUUCCCCAUCCGCCCAUAUCCCUCCUCUAUCUCUGGCCCCUCGCAACAACCCCCCCAGUCUUCUACCCGCGGAAAGCCCCUCAGCUUCAGUCAAUCACACGCCCCCGCCGCCCGCGAAGCAGCGCGCAUCGAGCGCGACCGCCUCGAGCGCGAACGCCAGCAAAUUGCGCAAAAAUCCACACACGCACAAUCGCAAGCGCCGAGCGCACUGUCGCAGUUAGCGGACGAGCAGCGCGAUGAAGUGAAUGAGGCUUUUGCGCUGUUUGACUUGGAUAAGGAUGGCCUCAUCGACUACCACGAGUUCAAGGUUGCGCUCAAGGCGCUUGGUUUCGACCUCCCGAAACCGGAAUUACUCGACCUGCUCACCUCCCAUGGAAUAGCGCCGCCGUCAUACCAGGUGCCGCCAGGAACGUCGGGCCAGCAUGUGGUUCCGGCGUCGAGGUUGCAUCUUACGCUCAAUUCGUUCCAGCAAAUCGCCUCUGAGCUGAUAUUGGCACGGGACCCGCGCGACGAGAUCCUACGGGCGUUUGAUCUCUUUGAUACGGAGGGGAAGGGCAUGAUAUCUUUGGAUGAUUUACGGAGGGUGGCGCGGGAAUUGGGCGAGGGUCUGGAAGAGGACGAAUUGUCGGCGAUGAUUGAGGAGUUUGAUCUCGAGGGGAAGGGUGGUGUGGGGAGGGAUGAGUUUAUUGGUAUUUGCAUGAACUGAUGUGGUACUGGAGUGGAUAAAAGGCACGGGUCCACGGAUUGUGGGCGUCGGGGGUGGUGUUUGGAUGGUGUUUGUUACAUGCCCGUGGUUGGGUUGUGUCAAUUUUGACAUGGGAUAUGACAGCGCGGAGUAUAAAGGCGCAGGAUUAUAUAUCUCCGGAAUAUAAGUUAUAUGUUUUAGCUAUAAUAGUAAGGC